UAAAACACUUCCAAAAUGCGUGAAAUUGUUCAUAUGCAAGCAGGCCAGUGUGGAAAUCAAAUUGGCGCCAAAUUCUGGGAGGUCAUCUCGGAUGAGCACGGCAUCGAUCCAACAGGAACCUACCACGGAGAUUCCGACCUCCAGUUGGAGAGAAUUAAUGUUUAUUACAACGAAGCUACAGGUGGAAAAUAUGUCCCGCGCGCUGUUUUAGUCGAUUUAGAACCAGGUACUAUGGAUUCUGUGAGAUCUGGUCCAUUUGGGCAAAUAUUUAGACCAGACAACUUUGUCUUUGGCCAAUCUGGAGCAGGGAAUAACUGGGCAAAAGGACAUUACACCGAAGGAGCGGAAUUAGUUGAUUCAGUACUAGACGUUGUUCGCAAAGAAGCCGAGGGUUGCGAUUGCGUUCAAGGCUUCCAGCUUACACACUCUUUGGGCGGCGGAACCGGCUCGGGUAUGGGAACCCUUCUUAUCUCGAAGAUCAGAGAAGAAUAUCCAGACAGAAUCAUGAACACAUUCAGCGUCGUGCCAUCACCAAAAGUAUCAGACACCGUUGUGGAGCCUUACAACGCCACACUGUCCGUCCAUCAGUUGGUUGAGAACACCGAUGAAACAUACUGCAUCGACAAUGAAGCACUCUACGAUAUCUGCUUCAGAACUCUGAAGCUUACCACACCAACCUAUGGUGAUUUGAACCACCUUGUAUCAGCUACCAUGAGCGGUGUAACAACUUGCCUUCGAUUCCCUGGCCAGUUGAAUGCUGAUCUCAGAAAAUUGGCUGUGAACAUGGUUCCUUUCCCGCGUCUUCACUUCUUCAUGCCUGGAUUUAUCGGCAACAGCACAGCCAUCCAGGAACUGUUCAAACGCAUUAGCGAACAGUUUACCGCUAUGUUCAGGCGCAAAGCUUUCUUGCAUUGGUACACUGGAGAGGGUAUGGAUGAGAUGGAGUUCACUGAGGCCGAAUCCAACAUGAACGAUCUUGUGUCUGAAUAUCAGCAAUACCAAGAUGCCACAGCAGAAGACGAAGGAGAGUUUGACGAGGAAGAAGAGGAAGGAGAGGGCGAAGCUGCAUAAAUCAGAGAAUCGCUUGUUAAACACAGUCGUAAUAUUUUAAUUCAUCGACAGGAAGAAACUAUUAUAUAUCAGUCCUUUAUAAUGAGUCUGUUGUAUCGGAACUCUCCCUAUAGAAAUGUGUACAUACAAUCAUAUAUCGUACUAUCGGGGAGAACUUUAUUUUAGAUUGAAGACAACUUUCUUUUUGUUGUCAUUUGCGUCUUUCUCUCUUGACAUAGCCCUCCUAAACUCUUCUCACACAGAGCAUAGGAGAUUCGCAAAGUGUGAAGGGAAUCUACAGCGGAAUUUUCCCUGCAAAACCUUAGUUGAUCAGUUGAUUUCUUGGCAUUCAUACCGCGAUAACCCGCUACAAAAUCUUAUUAUAUGAUAACCAGGCCACAAAAUCUUGCAACUAAUGACGUGGUAUAUUUUUCAUGGGCAUUUGUCAUUUUGUACUCACACUCUGUUAAUAAAAUAACGAUCAGCCGAAGUGUUGAUUG